AUGGCUCAUGAGCAAGUGUCUCCCAUGGAAAGUUCUUGGGAAAUCCUUGAAGAAUACCAUAUAGACAAAGAUGUGGGCUUCGCUCUGCCAAAUCCACUGGAGGAACUACCUCAUGAUUACGAUGCCUGGAUUUUCAUUGCUAAAAAUCUGCCGGAACUGAUUGAGAUUGGCCAGCUUCGGGCAGAAGUUGAAAAGUUACCGAUGCUCAGCGUUGAUGACCUCCAGGGGCACAAGGUGCAGCGCCUUGCACACCUGGUUCUGGGGUACAUCACCAUGGCAUACGUGUGGGGUCGAGGUGAUGGAGAUGUCCGUAAGGUCUUGCCAAGCAACAUUGCUGUUCCUUACUGCAAACUCUCUGAGAAGCUAGGACUGCCUCCUAUUCUGGUUUAUGCAGACUGUGUCUUGGCUAAUUGGAAGAAGAAGGAUCCCAGAGGGUCCAUGACUUAUGAGAACAUGGACAUUUUGUUCUACUUUCCUGGUGGGGACUGUGGUAAAGGAUUCUUCCUGGUUUCUCUAUUGGUGGAAUUAGCAGCAGCUUCUGCGAUCAAAGUAAUCCCCAUUAUACUCAGUGCCAUUCAACAUCAGGACCUGGAUACUCUGCGAAAGGCACUGCUCGAUAUAGCUUCUUGUCUGUACAAAGCCCGUGAAGUAUUUUACCAAAUUCAUGAACACGUGGACCCAAAACUAUUUUUCGGUGUUCUUCGUAUUUAUUUGUCUGGCUGGAAAGGCAACUCCCAGCUGCCAGAGGGUCUGCUGUAUGAGGGGGUCUGGGAUACCCCAAAGAAGUUCGCAGGGGGCAGUGCAGCCCAAAGCAGCAUCUUUCAAUGCUUUGAUGUCCUGCUGGGUAUCCAGCAGAGUGCUGGUGGAGAAUCUGCUGCCAAGUUCCUCCAGGAAAUGAGAACAUACAUGCCACCAGCUCACCAGGACUUUCUUCACUCAUUAGAGGCAGGUCCUUCUGUCCGCGAGUUUGUCCUGUCCAACAGUGAUGCCAGCCUGAAGGAAGCUUAUGAUGAGUGUGUGAGAGCUCUGGUCUCCCUGAGGAACUACCACUUGCAAAUAGUAGCCAAGUACAUUGUGAUCCCUGCACGCCAGCAGUCCGGGAAAAAUGAAGCCUCUGAAGAGCCAUCAGAACUGGAAAACAAGGGAACUGGAGGCACCGAUAUCAUGAAUUUCCUAAAGAGUGUAAGAAGUGCAACUGAGAAAUCCCUUUUGAAGGAAGGUUAAUGGAACCCAAGCAAGGGUGCAUUUUAUCAAAACAAAGACACAUCUGCAUAUAUUCUGGCUCAUUAUAUAAGACCCUUGAAUUAAUAAUAUGCAAUGUCUUAAUAAUACACUAU